CUGCUCUCAUUCCAUCAGGUCCUCCCCAACACUCUCGCCUCCUUCAGCAGAGGGAGAGGAUCAGAGGGAGAGGAGAAGUGACGGGAGCGCAACAUCAGCACCACUGACAGGCGUCUCUCUCACUCAGAGGGACGCAAGGAGGUGGGGGGGGAGAAGAAGUGAGAAGUUAGGAGCAGUGAGGAGGAGUUGGGAGUCAGAUCAGGAGCAUCUUUUUUUCCUCUUUUUUUUUCUUGGCUGUAAAACCCUGCCUGGCUCCUAUCUUCUUUCUCUUUUCUCCUCCUCCUCCUUGUCUUCCUUUGCUCCUCUUCUCCUCCCGACUCUCCUCCCAGCUCCGCCGUGGGGUCUCAGCUCUCCAUCUCCCUCCCCCCCUCCCUGUCUCCCUAUCUCCCCCGGGCGCUGCUGGGAGCCUCCAGGCUGCUGCGCCGCAGGAGGAUGUCUCGCAGGGAGUCUCCGCCGCUGCCUCCGCCGCCUCCACAGCUGCUGGGAGGGCAGAGGGGGGAGUGCGAGGACCGUCCGGAGCGAGCUGAGCCGCUGUCUGAUGCUGAGAGGGAGAUCAUCCAGGACACAUGGGGACACGUCUACAAGAACUGUGAGGAUGUGGGGGUUUCUGUGCUCAUACGGUUCUUUGUGAACUUCCCCUCCGCUAAGCAGUAUUUCAGCCAGUUUCGAGAAAUGGAAGAUCUCGAGGAGAUGGAGCAAAGCAGCCAGCUCCGACAGCACGCCUGCAGGGUGAUGAACGCCAUCAACACCGUGGUGGAGAACCUCAACGACCCGGAGAAGGUGUCAUCGGUGCUGGCCCUGGUGGGGAAGGCCCACGCUCUCAAACACAAAGUGGAACCCAUUUACUUCAAGAUCCUGUGCGGCGUGAUUCUGGAGGUUCUGUCUGAAGAUUUCCCAGAAUGCUUCACGGCUGAGGUGCAGGUGGUGUGGACCAAACURAUGGGGGCGCUGUACUGGCACGUGACGGGGGCCUACACAGAGGUGGGCUGGCUCCAGGUCUCCAGCUCAGCAGUGUGAAGGAAAAGAAAAAAAGGUGGAGAAGUUAUGAAUACAGAGAGGAAGUAGAUCGAUGUUUUGGUCGGAUGCAUCUAAUUAACGCAUWACUUCGGUCUGCGGAUCAGUUGGACACCAAAUGUCGUAGCUAGACGUCAGCUUCCUCGUUUUAGCUUUUGUACGUGGUGUUUUGAUAAGUGUUUUAGCAACAAGAGGCUGUUCUUUCUAAUGCUGACAAUACCACUCUUUUCUCUGAGGUUUCUGUUGCUGAUAGAAGCGUGCAAAUCUUCACUUCACGCACGAUCGAGUUCUUCUUGAUUUUAAAGAGCCGUCGAGAAACUAAAGCAAACAACUCCAAAGGUUUUCAGCUGAUGACCAACCCACCUUCAGCUCCACCGUCAAUCACGCUAAGCUUUUUAAUUUAGCCUUUUUACAAUGAAAAUAGUUGCAAACAUAAAAUUCUUAAGUGUUUUUUUCCAGCACUGAUUUCAAAGGUGAGCUAAUGAGGGUCCUAAUUUCUUUCUUUUUUUUGUGGUUAUUUUAAAUGUUAAAAAGCAAAACUGCAUAAACUACAUGUUCACUUUUCUGAGACAGUGAAAUUAUUAUUGUGCAGUAACUAGUUGUUUUAUUACGGGAACCUGUGUUAAGUCAGAGAAAGAAGUAAAAAUAUAAAAAAUGUUUAAGCAUGAGUCAGUCCAGCUGACAUGCAAUUAAAUGUAUUAAGGAAGCUGCAGAUUGUUAGGAGGCCAAAUGCAACAUUAUUUGUUUUAUUAGGGAAUUCUCCUCUCUAAACACUUUGUCGACUAUAGACUCCUGCUCACAGCUGUUUGAAGUGRUCUUUCUUUAAUAAAUCAUAUAGAAAACACAUGUAACAGUGAUGAAGAGUGCACAUUUUACUGCAUGCAACACAGAAACACUGAUUUCUGUUCAUGUGUGUCAAACAUGCAUGAAACUGAACAAAAAUAUCAAUUUUAUUCAAGCUUCAAYUUGUUGCUUCAUUACAAUGAUUGUAAACAGCACAAAAAGUGAUAACAUUUUAGCUUGGCAGAUUAUAUAUUUUUUGCUACAAUGCUUCUUGGCAAUACAUCCUAUCAAAAAAAAGAGUCAAUAGAGACAGCAAAAAAAAGCAGUUUGCUCAUCCUACAAAUGCAUGUUCCUUACAAAUGUGGCACUAUUUAAAAGGGAACUUAAUAGAGAUUCAUUAUCAAGAAGCAUUGAUACAAUAAAGAAAWAAACACAAAUGUCCUUGCUGUUUGUACUGAGUUUAUAUAUUUAAUGUACAGAACAUGAGCUAAAGUGUUGGUUUAGUUCCUUUGAGGUGCGGCUUCUGUGUAGGACCUUUGAGUURAAAGCGUCUCACCUGCAGUAGAUAGCAAAAUGAAGCCAACAGAUUCUCAGAAGGAAUCCCAGUUUGUCUARAACAAGUUAAACCUUCAUGGCUUCACAUCGCUUUUAUGUUAAACCAUUUCUCUGACUGUAAAAUUGCAUUCAGUAAGAUCAAGAACACCUCACAGAUAAAUAGAAAUUAUGGAGGUCAUAAUCACUUUAUUUAAUCUUGAAUAGCUAGAGGAAAUUAAAAAUUUGCAACAAAGAAAAGCUUCAGAUUCUGGAAGAUCAAAUUGUCUGACCAGUAGAGGGAUCGCCACUUUUCUUUUCUUUCUUUCUUUCUUUCUUUCUUUCUUUCUUUCUUUCUUUCUUUCUUUCUUUCUUUCUUUCU